AUGGCUCUUUCUUCUCUGUUCCUAUGGAUGGCCCUUCUUUUGACCUUGUCCGUGCAAGCACUCCCUAAUGCUGCAGCCUUGGGACCGGAGCACAACACGAAGCCUACAGGAGGCCCUAUUCGUCGUGCGACUCAUCCUACAAGUCCUCCUACAGUGGUGCCACAAAGCUCUGCUUCGCCAAUUUCGGUAACGAGUUUAAGUCCCGUUUCUUACUCUGGCCCCGACAUAACCGGAACAGCACAUUUGCCUGCCUCACUGUCGGCUGUCGUCUUUCCAACCCAGCACCCAACCUCAGGAUUUCCGAAAGCAACACAAUCUUUGGGAGUUAAUGUAUUGCCUCAGAGCAGAACCAAUGGAAACUCCCCUCUUGGGACUUUCAAUUCUCCCAAAUAUCCAAGAUUCAUUGGCGAAGCUCCAGGUACACCGAGCCUUGCUGGACCACCACCAGGUGGAUUUCCUUGGGGAAACCGAACCGCAAAUGGCACCAAUCCCUACCGAUCAGCUCCUUCCACUGGCAUUGUACGCUCCUACAAUUUCGUCAUUUCAAGAGGCAUCAUUGCUCCUGAUGGCGUCGAACGUAGCGUGCUUUUGAUCAAUGGAGCGUUCCCCGGUCCGACGAUUGAGGCCAACUGGGGAGACACUAUCCAAGUUACGGUGACUAAUAACAUUACCGGCCCCGAAGAAGGCACCGCCCUCCACUGGCACGGCUUGUUGCAGAAAGGAACUCCGUACGAAGAUGGAGUUCCAGGUAUCACUCAAUGUCCAAUCGCACCAGGACAGACUUUUACCUAUUCAUUCAAUGCGGACCUCUACGGUACAUCCUGGUAUCAUUCACAUUACAGUGCCCAGUACGCUGGAGGUAUUCUAGGAGCAAUGAUCAUCCACGGACCAAUUAACGCGGCAUAUAACAAUGACCUCGGACCGGUCAUUCUGUCCGACUACUAUCACAAGGACUACUAUACUAUUGUCGAGGAAGUCAUGGGCACAGAUCUGAGCCAGGUCGCUCCCUCUUCAGACAAUAAUCUUAUCAACGGAAAAGGAGUGUACGACUGCGACGUGCUCCCUGCCAAUGUCACCUGUACCCCCUAUGCCGGUCUGUCAAAGUUCCAGUUCACCUCAGGUCAAUCCUAUCGACUUCGACUCAUCAACGCCGGGGCCGAAUCUUUGCAGCGUUUCAGUAUAGAUAAUCACGUCCUCACUGUCAUUGCAUACGAUUUUGUGCCAAUUACUCCAUAUAUUACCGAUGUUGUCACUCUUGGUGUUGGUCAGCGAGCGGAUGUGGUCGUUCAAGCCAAUGGAUCUACCACGGAUGUGGUCUGGAUGAGAUCUACUAUCAGUACGACCUGCUCUCUCCCAACUCAACCCGACGGAUUGGCCAUCAUCUACUAUCAAAACGCCAAUACCACCGCGGUUCCAACUUCAACCGCCUGGCCUAUCGAUGACACCUCUUGCGGAAACGACCCUUUGAGCGGGACUGUCCCCUACGAUGCCAUCACUCCCCCCAGCGCCAAUACCACCAUCGACAUUGCCUUGAACUUCGAGAUCAACCAAACCGGCCACUUUUUGUGGACAAUGGACGGCUCCAGCUUCCGCACGGACUAUAACGAUCCAAUCCUCAUGCUCGCUGACGCCGGAAACGUGUCCUAUCCCUACGAUCCAGAGUGGAACGUGUACAAUUUCGGCAGCAACAAGAGCUUCAUCAUGGUUAUCAACAAUGAGACUCCAUUGGUCCAUCCAAUGCAUAUCCACGGCCACAACAUGUUUGUCUUGAACGAGGGUGUAGGAUCCUGGAAUGGUACCGUCGUCAAUCCCUCUAACCCUACCCGACGAGAUGUGCAAUUGCUUCAACCGUCCGGAUAUAUUGCUAUUCAAAUCGACGCUGACAAUCCCGGUGUGUGGCCUUUCCAUUGCCACGUUGCCUGGCACGUCAGCGGAGGCCUCUAUGUCAACGUUUUGGAACAUCCCGAUCUGAUUCCCUCGCAAAUUGAUAUCCCGUCCAGCGUCAGCGAUCUCUGCACGACAUGGGGUGCCUAUACAAGUGAGGGUCCGAUUGAUCAAAUUGACUCCGGGCUGCGCAAGCGAGGCCAUCUUGGACGUCAUAGAUUCAAAAACCCAGUCCGACGAGCAUAA